AUGUUCAUCUUAACUCCGUUUAAAGGUUGCAAGUUAACCGCUGUGACAGACGGUGGAGAAAACGCCUCUGAGGGUGACUGGAUAGACGAGAGGGCGGUAGGGCACGGGACGCAGCUCUGGCAGCAGCGCCGUUCCCUCGAGCUCGGUUGGGCGUACCAGACACGAGACCGUCAAGCACCACCAGUAGUGUGUCGUGUUUGUCGCGGGAGCGGUUCAGUGCCUUGUAGGUUCUGUCACGGCACCGGCGUGAUGGCCCUUGGCGACCGACUCGCCUGCUCUGUGACUGCCCGGAACUGCGACUGCUACGCGUGUCGCGCCAGGGGCCAGCAACGCUGCACGCGGUGCGCGGGCUCUGGCUUCAUAGCGAGCUGGUUAGCGCCGCUUGAGGAGCUUCCAUAG